AUGUCAACAACAACAAACAUUCGUCUCCCAAUCGAUAUCCUGUCUGCGAUCUUUGACGAAUUAGCGUUCGACUCAGAUAAGCAGACACUGUUCAUCUGUCUAUUCUUGAAUCGCGAGUGCUGUCGGAUCGUGGUACCAAUAUUAUGGCGUAACCCGUUCGAUCUUUUAUGGCGAAAAUUCAUUCCAAAGAUUUCGUUGGAAACGCGUUAUGAGGAAAUACGAACAACUUUCUUAGCGUUUUAUAAUGAACAGCAACGUGGGGUCGAGGAAAUACCGCAUAAUCCUGGACUACAGAUCAUAGACGAUACGAGAUUAUUGUUGUGGACGUAUUUGUCUUGUCUUAGUCAAGAGCAACGACUGAAGGGGAAUUUUCCUAAAUUAGUUUAUCUGAAAAAUACAAUCUUCAACUAUAUUACGUUUCUGAAUGAAAUAAAUGUUCAUAAACUAUACGCGUGCAUUUGUCUCGCUAGUUGUGGCUGCAAUUCACAAUACACUUGCAUCAAUUGUCAUCGAAAAAGAAGUGACGCUUUACUAGCUGGAAUACUCGACCACGUCUCAAACCCAAAAACAAUCAACAUUACCUCAACACGUCUCCAAUUCACAGCACACAUCAAUCUCUCAUCAUUAUCCAACAGAUGCCGAAAUAUCCGUCAACUCUCGCUUGAUGUUCCAUACUGGUCAGAGAAAGAUAAACAUCUCAGCAAGACCUACGCCAAAGAAAUCGCCACACUUAUACGACACCAAUCGAAUCUCGAAACCUUCACACUCGAUCGGACCAUAUUUGGAUUCGAGGAUAUACUUGCGGCUUUAGAGACAUGUUCGACUUCUUUAUUGAAGAUUGCUUUUGUUACUUGUGACGUGUCAAGUUUCCAUCUGUUACUCGCGAAAUGGAAUUUCUUGGAAAAACUUGAGAAGUUGUCGUUUAUUGAUUGUUUUGGUUUCUAUGAAUAUGAUUUUCGGUUCUUGAAGGAAAAGAUGGUCAACACGUAUGGACAUACAUAUAUUGGAAGGUCAAAAAUAAGUCAAAUUCAAUCAAAUCCUAUUUAA